GGAGAGAGAGAGAGAGAGAGAGAGAGAGAGAGAGAGAGAGAGAGAGAGAGAGAGAGAGAGAGAGAGAGAGAGACAGAGACAGAGACAGAGAGACAGAGAGAGAGAGAGACAGAGAGACAGAGAGAGAGAGAGAGAGAGAGACAGAGACAGAGAGACAGAGAGAGAGAGAGACAGAGAGACAGAGACAGAGAGAGGCUGAAGCCGAAGCCGCGCGCACACAGCUGGAUGGACAGCAACGUCUCCGCAGUCGGAAGGAUGUGAAUUUUGGAACAUUUUUUUGUUUUUUGUUUGUUGAAGUUUCGUCAAGGACUCGCACAGGUGGCGCAACUCACGGGCCCGGACACGAACACCACCGCCUCGUUCGAAUGAGUUGAAUAUCAGAAACCAGUCCAGACAGAGAAAGAGAGAGAGAGAGAAGGAGAGAAAGAGAGAAAGAGAGAGACAGAGAGACAGUCAUGAUGGAGUCAAUCCUAGACAGUUUGACGGCGGAUAAACUCUACCCGGUCGGCGGGGCCAACCUGUUGGACCUGGAGGAGCUCAGCGACGGAGACUUCCUCACCAACGUGCCUUUCUCAGGUGACCAGAUGGACGACUUCAGCAGUGAAUUAUUCAGCAGUUUUUUUGACGACCAUCUAUUAGAGAGGCCCCUUCUGGCAGAAAGACCUUCACCUCUACACAUGGACAUCGAGGACAGCAGCCCAGAUAUUCAAGCAGAGCACAGCUACUCUUUCAGCGAAGACUCCGCCCCCCAGAGCCCAGCCUUGUCAAUCAAAAUGGACCACGAGUCUGAAUUUGAAUGGAGCUUCAGUCAGGACCUUUCGGCCAUCUUGGUGAAACAGGAGGAGCCUGAUGUGGGUCAAAGGUUAGAUCCUCAGCCUCUCGAAGGCCCGCCGCUCAUAUUAAGCCCCGCCCCCCCACACAGAGGGUCGCCAUGGAAACGCACGGAGCCGAACCAAGACAGCGUGAAGUCAGUCGCCAUCAAAGAUGAACCCAGAGAGAUUGGACAGUACCUCAGCCUGCCCAGCGAAGACGCUCUCCAGCUGCCGCCCACCCCUCCCAGCAGUAACCACGGCGACAGCGACGGCUCCCUCCCUCCGUCCUCGCCACACCUCCCUCUGCCACCGUCUUCCCCUCAACCACAACAGAGGCCAGGAGGUCGCGCCUCCUCCUCUUCCUCCUCCUCCUCCUCCUCCUCCUCCACAGCCAUCUCUUCCUCACCUCUGCUCACUGCGCCACACAAGCUGCAGGGUUCAGGGCCCCUCUUGCUGACGGAAGAAGAGAAGAGGACCCUGGUUGCCGAGGGAUACCCGGUACCGAACAAACUUCCUCUCACUAAGAGCGAAGAAAAGGCGCUGAAGAGGGUCCGACGGAAGAUUAAGAACAAGAUCUCAGCUCAGGAGAGUCGGAGGAAGAAGAAAGAGUACGUGGAAUGCCUGGAGAAAAAGGUGGACAGCUACACGUCAGAAAACAGCGACCUGUGGAUAAAAGUAGAAAACCUGGAGACCGCCAACAGGUCUCUCCUACAGCAGCUCCAGAAGCUCCAGUCCCUGGUUUCAGGAAAGGUUGUGUCCCGUUCUCGUAAAAUGGCCUCAACUCAAACAGGGACAUGCCUCAUGAUGGUGGCCGUGUGUUUCGUCCUGGUGCUGGGCUCCUUCUCUCCCUGCCUCUCCCCCCUCUCCUUCCUCACUCACACCUCCUCCGUGUCCUCAUCCUCCUCUUCCUCCCACCCUUCCUCCUCUCCUCCUCUUCCGUCAGCGGACCUCUACACCACCAGUCAGGUGCGUUCCCGCAACCUGCUCUUCUACAACGAAGAGGCUCCGCUGGAGGAGAGUUUAGUGGCGUCCGACGAGGGGCGGCUCGAGUCAGACGGCCACAUCCAGACAAGCCGCUACACAGCUGACGUUCACGGCAGCAACCAGACAACUGGGCCCGAGUCAGACCGCAGAGAAACAAAACCAGAAGGAGUCUCUGAGUUUUCUGACAGAGCCUGAACGCUCCUCCCAUGAAUUCUAACCUCCGGCCCCUUAAAAGUCCCCGAAAACCUCCAGAUUCCUCAGUCAAACUGGACCAGAACCUCAGUCCAGCACCGUCGUCACCUUCUAAAUGAGACCGCGAGACUUCCUCCCGUCCUCCACAGCCGGUAUCCAGACUCUGCUGCACCUGAAUACACUUGAUUUGAAAGAGACCACCUUAUUGACCCUUUCUACUCGUGUGCAUUCAAAUAUAGUAUCUAUUGAUAAUCGGUUGCAAACAUAGGGCCUUAAUUCAGAUGCAAUUUGUAGCAUCUUAACAAAAAAAUAUCACCACAAACUAGUCCGACCAAGAAGAAUUGAGAAAUGAAUAAGAGAGUUUCAUCUCUUCUGGUCACGAGGGACCUGAAGAGCCCUGUUGAGAACUCAUGAACAUAAAUGCAUCUUUAUGGAUACUUGACGGACCUCCACUGUGGGAGUUUAUGUUGUGUAUUUUAUGUAUUGUAUGUAUUUCAUUUCCAAGGCGCUCCGUUUUUUUUUUUAACCAAAUGUUGACAAAGGGCUGCAACUAUCGAUUAGUUUUAAUCCUCGAGUCUUUUCUCGAAUAAUUUCUGUCAAUCAAUUAAUAGAGCCAUCGUUUGAGCUCGGUGUUACGAAACUAAAUCAUGAAAAUUAACACAUCCUUUUAAAAGUGCCUUCCACUUCAGAAAUAUAUGACCGACUUGGCCUUAAACCUAAAGUCCACGCACGCAGCUUUAAACCUGGAACUAGAAUACAGACCGUUUAUUUUACGUCAUUUUAAACUGGAUCAACGUCCUUUUUUUAAAUUCAUAUCUGAAAGUCAAGUUUUCAGGUCCGAAUUCAGCAUCAUUCGAGGGGAAAGGGGCCGUUAAAGGGGUCCCCGACAGAGGUUGGGAAACAUGACAUAAAAAGUAUUUUUAUGGAAUGAAAAAUGGUUAUAUGUAAUAUAUUUGUAGCAUCAAAAAAAAGAGCAUAUUUAAUUUAUGCGACAAAAAAAUGAAAAGAAAUACUGAACGUGUUUUUAAAGUCAUCAUCUUGUUUUUUGUUUUUUCUAAAUAAUGUUUACAAAAAAACCAAACAAAAUACAACGUAUAAUAUAUUCAGAGCAUCAAAAAAAAGAGCAUAUUUAUUUUAUGCAAGAAAAAAAAAUUGAAUUGUAUGUUGCGUUUGUUUGUGUUUUUUUUUUUUUUAGGAUGAUGAAGUUUUUACAUGACGGUGUGAAGUUGACAUGCUGUUUCAUGGAGUGUAAAACUUUGACGUGAUCUGUUCGUGCCUUUUAACUGUAAUACAGUGUUUACGUUUCACGGCUGUCGCAUGAGAAGCUACGAGGGUCUUUUUGGUGAAUUAAAACCCGAACAACUAAACUCAUUUUUAUCGGAGGUUUCUUGACCUGGAAACCGCCGAACUUUAAAGAGUUCAAACAUUGACUACAAUGCUUAAUGUAGAUAUAUUUCCCAUCAUAAAUUCAUACUCAAAACGAAGCAGCGGAGGAAAACAUCUCAACGUAGAUGCUAAAUGUGCUCAUGCGACAGCAGUGUAUGUUGUAUUUAUUCCUGUUUGUAGAAAGUGUGUAUAUAUUGAUGAAGCCAAUCAGGG